AUGUUCGCUCAACCAUUUGAAGGCAACACAGCUCGUAUCAUCGAGAGUAUACACAAGGCCAAAGAAGCCGGCGCAAGACUACGAGUUGGUCCUGAGCUGGAAAUAUGUGGUUAUGGAUGUCUAGACCAUCUCAUCGAGCAGGACCUGUACCUGCAUUCCUACGAGAUGCUGCACAGAAUCCUGCUCGACAAGAGCUGCUAUGGCAUCUUGCUGGAUAUCGGCAUGCCGGUACAGCACCGCAACCAGCGCUUUAACUGCCGUGUUCUCUGCCUGGACGGUAAGAUUCUUAUGAUCCGUCCAAAGAUGUGGCUUGCAAACGACGGCAACUACCGAGAGAUGCGCCACUUCACCCCCUGGAUGCAUCCCAGGCAGACCGAGCAGUUCCAUCUCCCGCGGAUGCUGCAAGAGGUCCAGGGCACAACGCACGUCGUCUUUGGAGAUGCCGUCGUGUCGACGCCCGAUACCUGCUUCGGAGCGGAGACAUGUGAAGAGCUCUUCACGCCCAACGCACCGCAUAUCGCCAUGAGUCUCGAUGGUGUAGAGAUCAUCACCAACAGCAGCGGCUCACACUUCACUCUCCAGAAACUUGAUACACGUCUUCAGUUGAUCAUGGAGGCGACAAGGAAGUGCGGAGGGAUUUACCUCUACGCCAACCAGCAAGGUUGUGACGGCGACAGACUGUACUAUGAUGGCAGUGCCAUGAUUCUGGUGAAUGGCGACGUCGUUGCCCAGGGUUCACAAUUCAGCCUCAACGACGUAGAAGUCAUCACUGCUACGAUUGACCUAGAAGAAGUAAGGGCAUACAGAUCCUCCAUCUCUCGAGGCCUCCAGGCGGCCACGUCUGAUGCCAAAUACCAAAGAAUUCAAACGUCGUUUGAGCUGAGCACCGAGAACGAGGAUACGGACGUCGAGAUACGGCCGACCCUGCCCAUCAAACCGAGGAUUCAUUCAGUUGAAGAAGAGAUUGCCUUAUGUGCUGGCUGUUACCUCUGGGACUAUCUACGAAGGUCGGGCACAGCUGGGUACCUGGUGCCCCUGAGCGGCGGUAUCGAUUCCUGCGCCACAGCUGUCAUCGUCUAUUCAAUGUGCCGCAUUGUAAUUCAAGCUCUGGAGGAUGGAAACGAGCAAGUGAUCGAAGAUGUGAAGCGAAUCGCCAGAUACGAUGGCGAGGAUGUCCUUCCCAAGACUCCCCAAGCACUCUGCAAUCAGAUCUUCACCACAAUAUACAUGGGUAUGAAAACACAGAGCUCUAAAGAGACGCGGCAACGGGCAAGAGACCUUGGCGAGGCGAUCGGCAGCUAUCAUAUUAAUCUUGAUAUCGACGAAGUAUAUCAAGCUCAGAAGAACCUCGUCAUAAACGCGAUCAACUUCGAGCCGAAAUUCAAGGUUGAAGGCGGAACUCAGCAGGAGAAUCUGACCCUACAGUGCAUACAGGCGCGUAUUCGUAUGGUUACAGCUUACGAAUUUGGCCAGAUCCUACCGACAGCUCGCAACAGACCUGGAGGAGGAAGCCUUCUCGUUCUGGGCAGUGCCAAUGUCGGAGAAUCUCUAAGAGGAUACCUGACCAAGUACGACUGUUCGAGCGCAGACAUCAAUCCCAUCGGAUCCAUUGAUAAGGCUGAUCUGAAGCGCUUCAUCGCCUGGGCUGAAGUAAACUUCGAUCUACCCUGUCUUCACGAUUUUUUGACGGCUGUCCCGACUGCUGAGCUGGAGCCUAUCACCGAGACUUAUGUUCAAAGCGACGAAGCGGACAUGGGCAUGACAUAUCAGGAGCUGACUAUAUUUGGAAGGCUGCGAAAGGUCAACAAGCUUGGCCCAUACGGAAUGUUCCAGAGGCUGGUUCAUGACUGGAGUGCAGAUCGUGAGCGUAGCCCCGAGGAUGAUGAUCCCGCCUACGAACCAGCACAGAUCGCGGAGAAAGUGAAGAAAUUCUUCCAUUUUUACGCCAUCAAUAGACAUAAGAUGACGACACUAACACCAGCAUUGUUUGACCUGAGACCGUUCCUUUAUCCGAGCUUCUGGAAGAGCUGGGGUUUCAAGAAGAUCGACUGGGAACUCGAGAAGAUUGAGAAGCGUAAGGCGAAGAAGGCCGCCGAGCGUGGCUCAUAG